GUCUCAGUGCAAUUUACUUUCUGAAUAGUUUUAAAGAUGAGGCUCAUUAGAACGAACGUAGGAACGUUGUUCUAUUCAAUAUGCAUAUAUUUUGCAUACAUCUAUGUCGUAAACAAUGCUCAGUGUCAAGAUCUGGCACAUCCCAUAGAAACAAUGCACGAGCUGGUUCUUAAUCUACAGGAACAGCUGGAAGCACUGAAAGCAUAUGUGAAUCCAAAUAGUUCCACUUCACCCAGGGAUGAGAGAAGCUAUCCCACAUCCUGUUUGACGUCCUCCUUCAAUGAAAGUAAAAUUGCCAAUGGAAUUCGUACGAUUAAAGUACCAGGUAUGGCUCCCUUUCCAGUAGCCUGUGAUAACUGUUUGGCCGGAUAUGGAUGGCUGGUGAUACAGAGGCGCAUCAAUGGCAGCUUGAACUUCUUUCGAAACUGGGAGGAGUACAAGCAAGGUUUCGGUAGACUCGAUGGCGAGUUUUUCAUUGGACUGGAGAAACUGCGUGCCAUAACUGCCUUGGAGCCCUUCGAGUUGUAUAUCGUGUUGGAGGACUUUAAUCGAACCACGCGAUCAGCGAGAUUUGAUGAAUUCGCCAUUGGCAGCGAAGAGGAUGACUAUGCGCUCUAUGUCCUGGGCGCCUAUUCGGGAAAUGCCGGAGAUUCGUUGAGAAGUCAUCAGAAAAUGAAAUUCUCCACCUACGAUCGGGACAACGAUCGAGAGUUCCGCAGAAACUGUGCCUUUCUCCACGUGGGUGCCUGGUGGUACAAUAGCUGUGUGGACAGCAAUCUCAAUGGGCAGUAUAUUGAGGGCGGCAAGUAUGAAGAGAAUCUGUUCGCGCGCGGCAUGUGCUGGAGAGCCUGGCGUGGCCACAACUAUGGCUACAAAUUCACCCAAAUGAUGAUCAGACCCAAAUGCCGACACUUUCCAGCUACCUUCAGGAGCCGCAACAAUACAAGGCAACACUGCGAAGCAUUAUCUCAGCCAUUGCGAUAGGCCUUAAA